GUCGCUCCGUGUCGCUCACUCGCUCGCUCACUUAGCCAGCCAUCCAGUCAGCCCGCCAGUCGUUCGCUCAGUCACUCACUUAGUCGCUCUGUCACUCACCGAGUCACCCAGUCGCUCAGUCACUCAGCUGGCCACCCACUUACUCGCUCAGUCACUCACUCGCUCAGUCACUCACUUAGUCAUUCAGUCACUCACUUAGUCAUUCAGUCACUCAUUCAGUCGCUCAGUCACUCACUCACUCGGUCACUCACCCAGUUACUCAGUCACUCGCCCAGUCACUCACUCGCCCAGUCACUCACUCGCCCAGUCACUCACCUAGUCACUCAGUCGCUCAGUCACUCACCUGAUCACUCGCUCAGUCACUCACUUGACCUGCUAAAGCAAAGUGUUUAGUAAAAUAGUCGCUCCGUCAACUCCGCGAGUCACUUCAGCCCAGCAAAGAAGUCGGCGUGGAUAUAUUACUACCUGCCCGGGCGACCUAAUAAUCGCGAGGAGGAGAAGACGACGAAGAAGAGGCGAGAGAUUAGAGAGGAGGAGACUCGCCCCUCCGAGUUGCUGAGUUCGGAGAGGGGCGAGGGGCAGGGAGCCACGAUGACUACGCCGAGCUUACCGCCAGCUCUCCUGCUGGGCUGCCUCCUCAUCCAGAUGCUGUGCGUGGGCGGGACUCCGGUCACGUUGCCUCCGUGCACCCAGCCGGGGCCCUGGGGCAUCCGGUGUCUCCCAGGAUGCUUCCUGGAGGAGGAGAGCGGCACCUGCGCCCCAUGCCCGCGCGGCUCCUUCAUGGACCACAUUAACACCAAACACAAGUGCCUCAGGUGCAGAAGCUGUAACGCAGCAGAGGUCGGCUUCGAGGAGGGGCGGCCGUGCGGUGCGCAGGCCGACGCAGAGUGCCGCUGCCGCCCCGGCCUGCACUGCGUGAGCCCCGACUGCCCGCUCUGCCAGGGGCAGCCGCUAUGCCCCCCGGGGCAGCAGCCCGGGCCCCCCCCGGAGCCCAGCUCCUGCACGCCCUGCCCAGCCGGCUCCUACUCCGACUCCACGUCCGCCACGCUGCCCUGCAGGGAGCACACGCGCUGUGAGGAUUCUGGGUUGAGAGCCGUUGCCAAUGGCACGGAGACCACGGACACAAAGUGUGAGGACCGAGGAGCGGCCUACUUCGCAUUUGGAUCGAUUUGGGUGGUGAUGGUGUCGCUGGCGGUGCUGGUGGUGCUCACGGUGCCGGCGGCGGUGGGGCUCUGCUUCGUACUUUACCGCAAAGGCUGCUGCAACAAGGAAAGAGGCAACGCAGCGGAGUUGGACGACAAGGAGGACAGCACGACGCACCUGCAGCCCUCCGACGAGGAGAACGAAGAUGACGCCACCAACGUCGCCAGCGUCGCCAGCGUCGCCAGCGUCGCCAGCGCUGUGGCCCCUCAUGUUUCCAACUUCCUGAUCAACGUGAACACUCACGUCAUGCAACUGGGAGACUGGAAUCGCUGCUCUGUGGACGGACAUGAGCCGGGUUCCUCGGUCACAUAAUCAAUAGGGGGAGCAAACUAAGUCUAACUCACGGUUGGGGGGGGGCAGAUAGAUGACCCCCCCAGGGAAAGCCCCCCCCCCCUCCACACACACACCCGCACCUCGUGAGGGAACAGCAACAGCGUCGUCGGAACUGUCGCGGAUGAAGAAUGCCAGAAGAGGAGCCGAGGAUGAGGAUGAGGCCUUGCUGGUGGCGGUGGAUCGCAGCUUCAGGAGAGGAGCGAUGGACACUGGCCGAAUGAGGGGGGGGGGGCACAAUGGGGGGCCCGCAUCGCAGACUUUCUCGACGACGUCCUCAAGCGUACCGUGGGUACCUCGCCAUCGCUUACUCCCCACCGGGGUUACGAACUUUUACCGUGCGAGGUACACAAAUGUUUUUGGGCUGCGUGGCGAUGCGCUGGUACCCAGGUGGCAGCGCUGGUCCUGACUGCGGCAGUUUCUCUCACGGGGACUCUUUAAAUGGGUGUUUUUCUCACCCGCAAUGCCGUCUUUUACGUUGACAUUUAUUGUACCUGUCGUAUAAUUAAGGGUUGCGAGGAGUGAGGAUUGAACGCGGAAAAGACGAAGGCGACGGUGUUCGGAAGGGGAGGACAUCGAGAAAGAAGUAUAAUGGCGGGAAAGUGGCAAGGUUUGCGAACGUCAAGGAAUUUGUAUAGUUGGGAAGGCUCCGGACAUGGGAAAAUGACCGCGCGGGAGACACGGGAGACACGGGGCGCGAGGAACGCAAAGGCAAAAGGAGGUAUGGCAGCGCUUCAUACAUCUGGAGAAGCAAGCGAAUCGGCACAAGACCAAAGUGACCAUCUGGAGGACGUGUGCGUGUUCAGUACGGCUUUGUACGCCGGCGAGAAUUGGAGGUUUGAACAAAGACUGGCGGAGAUACGAGACUGGCACUCAACAUUGCAUUGCUGCAGAAGGAUGCUGUAUCUAUGCUGGAACCCAACAGUGAACCAACGCAGAAGUGAGAAAAAUGCCUAUAGAUUGAUUUUGGUUAUAUAUAUUCUUUAUACAUCGGUUGUGCGGUUGGGAUUGUAUUUAUCAGAGUAAUCGUGAUGGGGUGGUUGGUACAUCCCGGUGAUUGAUUGAAUUGGCUGUUCGGCGCGAUGUCCGAUGUUUCGAUGCGUGAUGCCCGGCUCAAUAAACCCGCAGCUUCCACCCGACGCAC